AUGGCAACUAUUCGUCCUCAUGAGCCUUUAAAAUUGUAUAUCACAACAUCUACAAAUACUAUCGAAUGCAUGAUGGCACAAGAUGAUGAGGAAGAGCAUGAAAGGGUUAUUUAUUACUUGAGUAGAGUGCUAACUGAUAUUGAAUCGAGGUAUUCUUCCAUCGAAAAUAUGUAUUUGCCUCUUUUUUAUGCUUGUAUAAAGCUAAAAUAUUAUAUGGUUGCAAGGACUAUCAAGGUGGUCGCUCAAACGGAUUUGAUAAAAUAUAUUUUAUCCUCUCCAAUGUUACGAGGCCAAUUGGACAAAUGGAUGUUAGCUUUGACAGAGUUUGAUCUGCAAUAUAUUCCGGCUAAGGAUGUUAAAGAACAGGUCACUGCAGAUGCAGUUUCUGAUUGUUGGAAGCUAUAUUUUAAUGGUUCAAAACAUAAGGAUGAUUCUGGAGUUGGGAUUUUGAUUAUUUCUCCAAAACAUUUAUCGAAGGAAUUUAAAUGUAAUAAUGAGAAGUUACAAAACUAUUCGUCGAUAGCAUGGGAGUUGUUGGUGUCUUUUCAAAAAGUAUCUUUGGUUUAUAUUCCAAGGAUUCGAAAUGAAAUCACUAAUUAUUUAGCACAAAUUGCAUCCAAGUAUAGGAUACUUCCUGAAAUCUUAGAAAUAUUGGGAAAGGUUCGUCAAAUUCUAGUACCUAUAGAGGAGAGGAAAGUUUUAACAAUAGAUGAUUGGAGAAAAUCGAUUGCAGAAUAUCUAAAAGAUUUAAGUGUUCGAGUCGAUCAAAAAGUUAAAAUAAAGGUAAAUUUUGUGAUGAUGGGUGAUGAGUUAUAUAAAAAUGGGUACUUCGAGGCAUAUGCGAUGCUCAUCAAGCUAGAGAAAGAUAUCGCUCUGGGAGAAGUUCAUCGAGGCAUAUGCGAUGCUCAUCAAGCUAGAGAAAGAAUGAAAUGGGUACUUCGACGAGAUCAAACUUUGGAUUUGAUAAUUCAUCAUCCAUUGUCGAAGAACCAUGAGUUUAUCUUGGAAGCCAUUGACUACUUUACAAAAUGGGUUGAGGGUAUUCCUUUAGUAGAGGCAGGUCAGAAUGAGAUUAUCGAUUUUAUAGAAGAAUACAUAAUUUAUCAAUUCGGAAUUCCUCAAACAUUGAGCACUGAUCAGGUACUACCUUUGGAAAUUAAUCUCAAUACUCUAAGAAUAAUGAAGCAGGAUGAAUCGCCAAUUGAAGAUUAUUGGAAUGUAAUAUUUGAUGAAUUAAACGAGUUGGAUAACGAGCGAAUUUUGGCGCUUGUGCACCUCAUUCAUCAAAAAGAGAGUAUUGCUCGAACUUACAAUCGGUGA